CUGAACUUGAUACAGAGCAUGUUCAGAAAGUGCUGGACAUGGAGCAUACCCAAGAAAUGAAGCUAAAGGAGCGGCAGAAAUUCUUUGAAGAAGCCUUCCAGCAGGACAUGGAACAGUACCUUACCACAGGCUAUCUGCAGAUAGCUGAAAGACGGGAGCCAAUAGGGAGCAUGUCUUCCAUGGAAGUGAAUGUGGACACGUUGGAACAAAUGGACCUUGUCGAUAUGUCGGAUCAAGAAGCCUUAGAUGUCUUCCUUAAUUCUGGAGUAGAGGAGAGUUCUUUGCUAUCCGCAGUGAUCGGGUCAGAUUCCAGCACCCAUCAAAAUGAAAUCAGUUUUCAGGUUCCCACUAAGUCAGAGCUGGGCGAGAAGUUCGCUUCGGAAGCACCUGGGACAGAUGCUACUAGCCAAGAUGCCUGUGAAGGAGACGCCCCGGUGGUCCAGUUAGAUGAGGAAGAUGUGCAAGUGGACACCGCCCUUGUGAAUACAGAAACGAAGAGCCCCUCCUCACAUGUCAGCGAUGAGAGUGAUUAACAGACCGAGGCGUAUCACACUGCCCUAUAGGAAUUAAGACUGGAGUGAAUGAGAAAAGACAUAAUUGGCAGAGCUUGUCAUGUUUUAUCUUCCGAGAGAUAACUGUAUGCAGUCAUAGAAAAUAAUGUGUUUUUAUAUUAAAAGCAUUCUGAAAGCACACCCAUUAAGCAAUAAACUCUUGCCUUUGGAACAAUUUAACUUUCCCUGUCGAUGCUUGCUGAAAAGGACAAAUUGUGAAUAGAGUUACUUUACAAUCUUCAGUAGAACUAUAAUACGGAGAUAAUUUUAAGCCUUUGUGGUAAGUUAGUAUAUUUUUGUUCCUAAAAAGACUGAAUAUAAAAAAAGGUGUUUAUCAUGCAAUGGAGAAUAGGCUAGUUAUUUGGAACAAGAGAGAUUGAAUGGAUAUUUACAUUAAAGAAUUAGAAAGGUAAAAGUCCCUGUGUAUGCUGUAUCUCUCUAGAAAAAAAAGAUAAAACUGGACGUGUAUAAAGUACUUGCUAUUCUAUGUAUGUAGAGUUAAAACCAAAAAUUGAACAGCUGGGUGGGGGUUUUUUUUGGCUUUCGUAUAACUGCCUCAGUUGAAGGAUCAGCAAUUGACAAAAAGCAGCACUUGGGUUUUAUAAAAAAAAAGAUGGUUGGCCUUUGGAUUUAAUCUGACCCCCAACUAAAAAUAUACCACUGUAACUUAAAUUAUUUGUCAUCAUCAGGUCCCAAGGAUGUGGGAUGUGAAAAUAAGAUACAUACAUGAGAUUUUUUUUUAAGAAAACCACACUACUAUUUCUCUCAGUGGCCCUUAUUAAUACAGACAGGAAACCUCUAUAUUUAAUUUUACAUUUUAAAAAACUUUUUUAUUCCACCUUGUAUUAUUUUUAUACACGAGGCGGUGAACAUGUCUAACACUCCUCCUUUCUCCUAUUUUCCCCCACAACACCCUGUGAGAUGAGUUGGGCUGAGAGAAAAUGACUGACCCAAAGUCACCCGUUCAGUUUUCAGGCCCAAGGCAGGACCAGAACUCACAAUUUCCUGGCUUCCAGCAUGGUACUUCCAAGCACUAUUUGUUAUCUUGCACCCCUUUAGAAAUAUCUUUCACUAUUUGUUAUCUUUCACCCUUUUAGCAGAGGAACGAGAGCUGCGGCCCUUCAGGUUUUGCUGGGCUUCAGUAUCAUUCACCAUAUUGGAAGCUGUAGCAAUAUUGUGAGGAUCACAGGUUCUACUUUCCCCCCUUCUGUAAAUAUUUGAAGGAGAGAUGUUCUAAUUUGAUAUUAUGUCUAAGGUCUUGUUCUAUGAGUGGGCAAAUAUACUUGCAAACAAUUGGCAGCUUUAUUUUUUAUCUUUUCUAAUAUUUUAGAAAAUAUUGAUUUAGCUUGCUCACAAAGCCUAUGUACUAUUGAAUUAUUCUGUCUCAAAGGAGUGUGAGAGGGGAAGAUAAUUCAGAGCCGUAGCUGUUCAAAACCCCUCUGGUUUGGACUGCAAAUUAGUUGAAACAUUUAUUUCACUUUUGUUGCAGUAAUAUAGCUCUGCAAAUGACUUGAAGUACUACAUAAACUACAUAUUUUCUAAGCCCACGAUAGCAGUUCUAAAUAAGACAGCUGGCUUUAAAUCAUGUGAUCUCUAGUGCUUUCAGAAGAAAGACAAAGUGUCCAAAAAGUGUAUUUUUAUUAAACCUUGUAUUACAAACCUGAAAAGUAAACAAAAUCUGGCAAUAAACAUGAAGUCUUUCCUUACAAGGAAAGAGCAGAGCAGCGCUAAUAAAUUAAAUGUCAAAACUGUAAGCCAUAGUCAGAAGUUUACUGUCAAGAAGGAAAGAAUACACAGCAAGGCCAUAAAAACCGGACAACCACAUUGGAAACACUCGACUCUGUUGUUAUUGUUAAAUAUUCCAAAACAAUUCAGUCUUCUGCAACAACCAACAAUAUGUAUUUUAUAAGACUUUCCUGACAAGUCACUCACCACUGGCAAGCUCAGUGCAAUAUGGGUAGCUCUACUGUUGUUGAAUUCAAUUAUGAAACAAAGAGUUUGUGAAAACAUUUUCCCUUUUUUAUUCCACACAUACUGUACACACAACCAGAAAAGGGCAACAACUAACUCCAUUAUUAUUUUUUUGUUGUUGUUCAGUGAUGUAAGCAGCACUUAUAAAUGUUACAAGAAAAACCCUGUAAGCAUCCAAUCCAACCGACGAAGAAAGUGAAACGUAAGGCUUUUUCUUCAUCUUGUCUCUUUUGCCACCCUUCCCCCCCCCACCCCUCCCAAGAAAAAAGGCUCAAGUAUUUAAAACAAUUUACAGGCUUAUGUACAAAAGUUAUGAUACUUUUUUUUUUUUUUUGUUACACGUGAAAGGAGGAAAAAUAA